AUGUUAAAAAUCCUUUGUAUUUUUUCUCUCUUCUUCUUCUCAGGAAAUGCCGACGUAUUUCAUAACUUAUUUCCAGAUACUUUUGCUACACCUGACAAUAAUGAACUGAAACCCAAAGAACACUCCAAACUGGGGUCUCAAAGAAAAGCUGCUGCUGUAAGUGUCGAUAAAACAGAUUUCAAUGGCAAAUGGGAGGUGGUAUCUAAUAAUUCAGGCGUCUCAGCCAUGCAUGCCAUCUUGAUGCCCAAAAUUAACAAGGUGCUUAUGUAUGACGCCACCAUUUGGAGGAUUUCGAAAAUCCCGUUGCCCCCUGAGAAGAUGCCUUGCCAUCUUGUUAACCCCGAGACGAAUGAACGAGAUUGCUGGGCACAUGCUGUCCUUUUCGACGUUGAAACAUCUCAAUUGACAGCGCUUAAGCUUGAGACGGACACAUGGUGCUCAUCGGGAGGGCUCACGGUGGAUGGAAAUUUGGUUAGCACCGGCGGCUUUCAAGGAGGAGCUAACACCGUGAGAUAUUUAGAUUCGUGUGAUACAUGUGAUUGGAAAGAAUUCCCAACAGCGCUUGCUGACCCUAGAUGGUACUCAACACAAGUAACAUUGCCUGAUGGACGCUUCAUUGUGGUGGGUGGGCGAGGUGCCUUUACAUAUGAAUACAUUCCACCAGAAGGACAAUCAAACAAGAAUGCCAUCUAUCUCCCUUUAUUAAGGGAAACCGAUGACAACAAAGAUUUAGGCCAUAAAAUGGAGUUUAAAAUUGAGAAUAAUUUAUACCCUUUUGUCCACCUUUCACCAGAUGGUAAUCUCUUCAUAUUUGCCAACAACCGCUCCAUUUUGCUAAACCCCACCACCAACGAAGUCGUUCAUGAGUUCCCCAUUCUUGGUGGUGGCGCUCGAAACUACCCAGCAUCGGCCAUGUCUGUGAUUCUUCCUAUAAAACUACACGUUGGCACAAAGCUUGUCAAUGCCGAUGUGUUGAUCUGCGGUGGGGCGAAACAUGAUGCAUUCUAUUACGCAGAAGCUAAAAAACGCUACUUGCGGGCGUUGCAAGAUUGUGGAAAGAUAAAAAUCACAAAGAAAGAUGCAAUUUGGAAGACUGAAAGGAUGCCAUCGCCUCGAGUAAUGGGGGACAUGGCGAUUCUUCCAAAUGGGCAUGUGCUAAUGGUGAAUGGUGCAAAAAGAGGCACUUCAGCUUGGCAUGAUGCGGAGGACCCCAACAUGGUCCCCGUGUUGUAUAAGCCUAAAGGGCCUAAAAACCAGAGGUUUAAGGAGCUGAUGGCAUCAAAAAUUCCCAGAAUGUACCAUUCAUCGUUUGCUGUUCUACCAGACGGGAAAGUUCUUAUUGCAGGCAGCAACACUAACGAUGGCUAUGUUUAUAACGUAAAGUAUCCCACUGAGCUUAGGGUUGAGAAAUUUUCACCUCCUUAUUUGGAUCCUGCAUUGGAAUCGUUAAAACUGGAUAUUGUGGUUCAGUAUUCGGAUAAGGUGAUCUCUUAUGGCAAGAGCUUCUCGAUACAAGUUAAGCCAAGGGAUUUGUCAACAACUAUUUAUAUGAAUGAUAUCAGAAUGUCCAUGUAUGCACCACCGUUCACCACACAUGGGAUCUCCAUGAACCAGAGGCUGCUUAUCUUAGGGUUGGUUAAUGUGGUUAACUAUGCCAAUGGAAUUUACAACAUUGUCGCCGAGGCACCGCCGUCGGGUGCUGUUGCUCCGCCCGGUUAUUAUAUGCUUUCUGUUGUUUAUAAAGGAGUGCCAAGCGUUGCAAUGUGGAUCCAGAUUAAGUAAACGAAACUGCUACAUACUCUUUAACAACUGGAAGGAGUUCACGCAGGCCAAAGAAAAGUUUGGCCUAGAAAGUUGGAGUGGAGGGCAUAUAUAUGAUCAUUCAAGGCCUUUGUGGUGUGCUAGCUUAGUUUUUUAUCACAAUUCUUUUAGUUGUUUUACUCUCAGCUUUGUGUAAAAAACUUAUACAUGAAAAAGUUGACUUUUUUAUAUUUGUUAAUGUCAUUGUAUCAAUUAUAAAUAUUUGACUUGGUUA